AUGACGACACUGCACCCCCGCAUUAAAUCUGCUUGGUCCCGCAGAUCCCCAGGCGAGAAACACGCUUUCACGCCCGGCGUUCACCCCCGCAGGCAACUCCGCUCAGCACAACCACCAGCAGGCCGCACGCGUCGCCUGCCAACGUCCCCGCUGUUCCUAGGGGCGUGGUGCCGCAUGAGCCGCGAAAGGGCGAGGGCGGCGGUGGCGCCCGCAGUCAGCAGUGCCGCGGUGCUUCCGCAGCAAAUAUACUUCGCCGCCGUCAACCUGAGCUACCAGUUAAACAGCAAGAACGGACGCCGAAUCCGCGGCGCCUAG